AUGUCAUUAACUCAAGAUCAUAACAACACAACAAUCACAAUCGCAAAAGGAGAAAAUAAAGAAAUUAUUCUUCCUGGAAAUCCAACAACUGGAUAUUCAUGGGUAGUUGAUAAUUGUGAAGGUCUUACUAAUACCAUUGAUUAUGUUGCUGAUCAACAUGCUCCAGGUAUUUGUGGAUGUGGUGGAAAAUAUCAUAUUAAAAUUACUGGUACCACAGUUGGUGAAGGAAGAAUUGUUUUAGUAUACCGAAGACCAUGGGCACCAAAUGCUAAUGAUCGUACUUUUACUUUAAAAGUUAAUGUCCAGUAA